AUGGCUCGUACUCUGUUAUUACCACUGCUUUAUUUAUUAACAAAGCAUUGUUUUUGUAUUUGUAACAAUACUAGCAGUUGUUUGCUUCGGUUGAAGAAAAUUGCAGCAGAACCGCGACGGUUUUGGUUUGGAGAGCAGUGGCGAGAUCGUUGCACUGGUCGGUAUAUCAGUCACAUAGAAUGUUACAAUCCUCAAACAUUGCAGUCUUUUCAUAGCUUGGGAAGUCGACUCUUUCGUGUGAAUACAUAUCAGAACGAAUAUCUGAAAAAUUUACAUAUAUUUCCGACAAUCUCUUACCCAUCUCUGGAAGGUUCGCAGAAAUAUCGUGCCUGUGAUCACGAGUUCACUGUAAGAGGUACAGAAAAAGAGAUCGAAGUUAAUCCGGAUAUGGAUCCGGUCAAUCCUUACGCUAUUCGCCACCCACCUAAAAUUCAAUGGGAUGGAAGAAAAAAUGGCUCAUAUAUAAUUAUUGCAACUGAUGUUGGCUUUGGUACUUUGAAUUUUUUCACUUUGCGACUAUCUGCAGGCGACAAAGUAGUGAAAGAAUAUGCAGAAGUUGAAAAUUUUCGUGAUCAAGCAAACCCUGUUGUAUUCUUAAUUUUUGAAGCAGCUGGCGUAAAAAAGCAUUUCAACUUCGAUACUGAAAACUUCAACCUGCCUAAAUUUAUGCUUGAUUCAAACUUGGAAAAUGCCUUGAUUGGCAUGAACAUAUUAUUAGUGAGCACAGAUCCUUAUGCCAUAGAAAAGCAACGAAUCCGAGGAGCUGUUGACAACUGUCCUUCGCUUAUUAUCAAAAAGGUGGAAAAUGAAAACCAGUGGCAUAUUUUGAAGCAGCUUCCCUUGAGGCAAAUCAGUAACUGGGUAUCAGUCCACUUUGAGCAGGUAAAAUCCCAGAUUCAACUGUGUUGCCGAGAAUUUUCCUUCAAAAAAGAGAUAAUACGAACAGAUCCUCUAGGAAAUAAGCCAUUAGCUUCGGUCACUGUGCGCAAACAUCCACGCGUUACAAGUGUGAAAAAUGUGCAGCAGGUAGCGACGAACAACCCUGAUGUUGUGGAAACAUAUAAGACCAUUGUGAUUUUCGAUUUAAACAACGAAUUUUUGUACUGGAUGGUUGCUGAUUUGCCGACGCUUUCUCUGUUUGCAGGAAAUGUUGAGGAUGGACAUACAAUUGUACCGUACUUACCCCCUGUUCCACAAAUUCCAAAAACUUGUACGACGGCGGUGCUUUUGCUCCUAACGCAGCCACCUUCAUUGAUAUCUUUUGCUGUAUCAAAAUAUUACAAGAAUAAUUCUCUCUAUGCAAACUGUCAACAGAAUUGCUCGCAAAGAUCACAGUUUGACAUCGCUGAAUUUGUCUCGUUGCAUCAGCUACAGUUGUUUGCGAUUAAUUGGUUUAGCAUCUGCCACGACGUGUUUGAAGCAGUUUAUCAUAAGCAGCGCUUCCUCCAAAUAUUCGCAGCGAAACAUUGGAGUCGACAGGAAUCAAAUUUUUCUGCACUUACAAAUAGUCAUCGAAGAGCUGAAGCAGUUUACAAAAAUAAUCGGUUUGCAAAAUUAUAUAACGACAUCACAGAAGGCGAGGAUAUUACAGAGAAUUUAUGUUCAGAAUUUGGAUUAACCUAUGACCAACCUUGCAUGCAAAAGUUAUUAUCAAAUAUGGUUACUAGUAAAUUUAAAAAAAAUAAUGAGAUUCGUUACAGUGAAUAUUUGGAAGAAUUUAUUCCAGAUUAUGAAGUGCAUGAUACUUUCCCAUCUGAAGCCGGAUUCGGGAGAAUGGUUACUUACUUGCCAAACUGGCUCUGA